AUGCCCUUCAGCAAUGUUGAUUUUGAACUUGAAGGGGAAAAUGCAACAAACCAAAUCAAAAGAUUUACCUCUUCUCUUGUGUUCAAAAAAUAUAUCGGAAGCCCAGAAAUGAUGCUCGCAGCAAUUCAGUCGGUACGUAGCAGCAUUUCAUGCUCUUUCUUCGAUGAAACGAUCGACCUUAGCUCGUUGGAGCAAAAAAUUUUUUCUAAACAAAGCUCCGACUACCAAAUGCUAUUACUAUGCUACGCUGUAAUUAUUGUUUCGGAGCGCUUUUACGAUCCCGCCCCUGAUGUUCGAGAGGUCGUAACCGAAUUGGACCUUCUUCUCAAUGAUUGUCCGGACUGUCCGGAGAAAGUUUCAUCAUUAAUUCUUCUUUCUGAAUACUACCAUUAUAAUUUUAAGAUAGAAACUGCUUGGAAAUGUAUUUUUCUGGCCGCAUCGAUUGGGUAUGCGCUUGGAUUGCAUACUACUUCAUCUAAAGUAUGGGCCAUGUUGGUACUACAAGACGCACUUCUGUGUUCCGUUCUGGGGCGUCCUAGUUCAAUAAGCUGUGUGAAUUCAAAGUUGGUUAGCAACCUUUGCGACGGUUGGGGUGAAAUUGCAGUCUUACUGAGAGAAGGUAAUGACAUGUUGCUUAAUUUGAAGUGCGAGAAUUGCGUGGAAAAAGCAAUAUCGUUAGAUCUAAGAUUUGAUGAUAUCAUCGAGAGAACAAAGAAAGACAUGUUCUCCAGUGAAAGCGGCCGGAAUCCAGUUUUCCUGCUGGUAGGAUAUUUGAAAAUCUGUAUUAUGGCAGCAAGUCGGAUAAAGCUUCUUUUUCCAUUUUUCACGAAACACAGAUCAAUAAAAGCACAACUAGAUGAAAAUUGCAGCUCAUUAUCUGGCUGUCUUAGUGGGCUUUUUCAACUUUUGAAUGCAAGCAACUUAACUGGUGAUAAAAAGAAGUUCCUUUUGCGCCCCCAUUUUUUCCCUGCAUAUUGUAGCGUAUUUCAGGGAUUUCUCUUGCAGUUUCUCUACAUUUCAAAUGAACUACUUAGAAACCUGGACGAAAGUACCAAUGGGACUUAUUCCGCCUUUCUUCCUAGGGAUCUAGGGCGGGCUAGUUUAUUUUUGCCCUCCUUGGACGUAACUGCUAUCCUAAUGGAUGAUUACGACCUUAUAACAGGAAAGGUGAAGUUUUGUAGCUUCAUGACGGAUUUAUUUGCUUCUUUCCGAUCUUUACUGAAUCAAAAGAAAACUGGUACUAUCAAACGAAAUCCUACCGACACAUCAACCUCAGACCAUCUUACAACGCCUGCUGCUCGCAGCACUAUCCCCAGCGAGAAAAGUGAUAGCUCGUCGCCACUAUUAAUCGGAGAUAUAGCUGAUUGGAUUACAUCCUGCUUUUCUGACGGUAUCACGCAUUUUUAUCCCUCAGAACAAUCACUCUAG